AGGAGAGCCUCGAAUCGUCAUUCGUGUUGUAGCGCUGAUGAAGUACGUAUGAGUUUUUGUCAGUUGUGCGGGCAUUGGCAAGUGUUGAGUGUAUUGUAGAGUCAGUCCGUCAAGAAAGAAACACCGAGUUUCUUUGCAACCAUGGGUGGAUACGCCUGGGUUACACUAGCUACCAAUGACGCCUACUCCUUGGGCGCUUUAGUUUUGGCACAUUCUCUGCGUCGAGUAGGUACCAAACAUGAAUUGGCUGUUCUGGUUACACCUGGCGUAACAGAAACAAUGAGGGAAAAAUUGGCAGCAGCCUUUUCUACAGUAAUGGAAGUAAACGUACUUGAUUCAAAAGAUGAAGCUAAUUUGGCACUUUUAUCUAGACCAGAAUUGGGUGUUACGUUUACUAAAUUGCAUUGUUGGAGACUGACUCAAUACGACAAAUGUGUUUUUCUUGACGCAGAUACACUUGUCAUCAGAAAUUGCGAUGAAUUAUUCGAAAGAGAAGAACUGUCCGCUGCACCUGACGUCGGCUGGCCUGAUUGCUUCAAUUCUGGUGUAUUUGUAUACACACCAUCUCAACAAACUUUUGCUUCUAUCACUGCAUUUGCUGCUGCUAAAGGCUCGUUCGACGGCGGCGAUCAAGGUUUACUAAAUAUGUACUUUAGCGAUUGGGCCCGAAAAGAUAUUUCUAAACAUUUACCGUUUAUCUAUAAUAUGUGCUCUACGGCUGCAUAUUCCUACCUUCCUGCCUUCAAACAGUUUGGAGAGGACGUUAGAAUAAUACAUUUCAUUGGCAUUACGAAACCAUGGUUACAGUAUUUCGAUACUUUGACUGGUAUUGUUCAACCACCAAUGGAAUCUGCGCACUUGCAACCACUGUUACAAUUAUGGUGGAACAUAUUUUGCGAUAAGGUGCACCCUCUUUUGUCACCUGUUAUGGCCACCAGCACAUUGGCACCAAUUUGGCACGAAUUUUCUCCUAUGCCUUUUCGCACCCCUAUUCCAAACACUCCUAUUUGCACAGACAUACAAGACAAACCUCAGAGUGACAUUUAUAUAGAAACACCAAACUUCGCAGAAUUCAAAGAUCCAUGGGAAAAUUAUUACGUACAAAAUGAUCCGGGAUCUCAUAAAAAUGAAAACAAUAAUGAAACUGAACAGUAUUACUCCACAACUGACAGCACUUCACUCGUGAAUAUGUUAACUGAUACAUGUACACCACCAAAACCUAAUAAGGAUAAUGAGCACCAAUAUAGUGCAUAUAAUUAUUUUCCACCGCAUAUUCAACAUCAUCAAAAUCAAGAACAAUCUAACCAGUUCAAUCAACAAAAUAUAGAAAAUUAUGUGCAUUCUUGGAGUGAGAAUUGCAAGUCAUUGCCAGAAGAAACAGAACAUAAUCAACAUGCUGAUAUCCAGCAUACUUAUCAACAUCAUUCCAAUGACAAUCACAAAUCAUUUCCAGAAGAAACAACACAACAUCAUCAUAUUGACUAUCCACAUGCUUGUCAGCAUUCUUCAAAUAAUAACAAUAAGUUAUUGCCGGAAGAAACGAAACAUCAUCAACACCAUGAACCUUAUGUUAAUCAUCAACAUCAAAUGUAUGAUAUUGUAAAUCAUCAUCAAGCUCAACAUUUCCAACAAAACGGUCAACCUUUUCAUUCCAAUGAACAAACCGAUUUUCAACGUGAAAGACGAGAGUCCCUUAGUAUCGAUAUCGAUCGCCAACAAGUUACAGAAAAUGUAGUUCAUCAAAAUCAUUUUUCUACGAAACAAAGUACUGAACAAAAUGAAAAUAUAAACGUUACAGACGAACGAACUGACACACUGAUAUCUACUAGCCCUCAUCCUGUUUCCGAACCUUGUAUAGAUAUCCACAAUGUAGCAACGCAAUCUGACCUACACGUAACGGAAGACAGUUCAAAUGCUGGUCUUGCUGGUGCCUUGGCUCAAAUAACAUUGGGCGAACCCAGAAGCGCCGCACAAAUCGCAUUAGAAGAGCAUAUGCGAAAGCAAAGUUGGGAGCAGGGACAAAUUGAUUAUAUGGGCGUUGACAGUUUUGACAAUAUCUGGAAGAAAAUCUGCCAAACGCUCUCUCUUGCACCACCUCGAUUACCGUCUCCCCCCAAGGAAACGGAAAAACCUACGGAAACUACAAUCGAUAAGACUGUUGAUUCCGUUGACCCUAUCGAAUCCGUUGGUCCCACUGAACCUGCUGAAUCUACAGACGAGAUGGACAAAGGAACAGCUCAAGCAACGACCAGUCAUACCGAAGAACAAACUCUAGUUAAAAAUGUUCCUAUAACAAACAAUGAUAAUAUAGUGUCUAAAUUAUCCGAGAAAUGUGAACAAGUUAUCGAUACAAUAUCAUCUUACGAUCAAAAAAAUGAAAAAGAAAAGAAAAUAUCGGAAGAAACAAUAAAAGAUAUUUCGGAAAAAUCCUCGACAAGAUCGGAAAAUGAAUCCUAUGAUACGAUUAUAAACCCUUCUACUACACAAUCUGCAACGCAAAUAUCCGCUGAAAAUGUUACAGAGGAAUUUUGUAGAAGUUUAUUGCUAAGAGGAGCCCCACAAGAAAUAAGUAUACCUGGAGUACCAUGUGACUUGGUUCAGUCUUGUUCAAUUGGAGAACCAAAAGUUGAAUUAUCAUCUACGAAAGAUAAUGUCAGCUUACCUACUCCAACAGAAGAACUUGCAAGUAACGUAACGAAUGUAACAAAUCUUAAAAUUGAUGUAGAUGCACGACAAAUAGAACAACCAGAUAUUCCGCAUGAAAAACAUGCAAAUGAAUUGUCAACUGCUUCUGAAGUUCUUACAGUCAGUCCUGUACCAAUACAAGUUGCAGAAUCUGUUCUUCAAAUGGAACCUAAAGAAUCUAUGCUAGAUUCUCAAACGGUGACCGAAGAAGUUCUUUCCUCUACGAUAACUCCCGUCCACGAAUCUAAUAUGCCCUGCUUUGAAACAAGCGUAGAAAAUAAAGUACAAGUAAAUGGCUCAGCAUCUGCAAGUGAUUCUACACAGAAUAAGGAAAAAUUAAAAUUUGAUACUAUCGAAAAGAGUGUCGAUACCGAAACUUCGCAAAUGUUAUCUCCGAUAGAACAACCUCAGCUUGCAGAAACAUCUGCAUUAUCUUCAAGUAUGACAGAGAGCACAGCAGAUAAAAAUUCACAAGUAACCAAACCAAUAUUACAGAUUCAAGAAACUAAAAGCUCCACAAAAGAAACACCAGAACGGAUACAACAGACUGAAGAAACUGAAAGUUGCGCGAAAGAAGUAACCGAAUCACCUAAAUCUUCCGCAAAAUGCGAGGUAGCUAAGGCAUCACCGCUAAGAGAAAGUCCACUUAGGCCUACAAGAGCAAAAGAAUUGAGUGUACCUUCUAAAAGUGUUUUGGAAACUUCGCAGGAAUUAAAAAGUCAAGAGAAAGUAACAAAGAAAACCGCGAAGAAGUCAUUAGAGAAAUCAACAUCAGAAGCAGAUCCUGUAGACACAACUGAAAGUGAUAAUGCCGGGAAGAAAGUUGUAAAGAAGGUAGUGAAAAAAGUGGCAAAAAAGCCGAAAUCGAAGCCGGAAGAAGCACCCGAUGAUGGAGCAGAAGAAUGUAGUUCUGUUAGUAAACAAAAAAAGACUGUAAAACUUGUAAAAAAGGGUACAAAAACUUCGCAAACUGCUGAGACCGAUACAACUGUUUCCGAAACUCCGUCAUCUAGUACUUCUGAUACUCCAGUUCCACCUAAGAGAAAAACAAAAGCUACAGCUACAAAACCAGUCGUUAAAAAGUCCGAUGUAGAAUAGUAAUUACCAUAACAGGAACUGACAAUAAUGAUCAAAAUACUCUAAGAAAAGGUUUCAAAAUUAGAAGCCAUAAAAAUAAUGAAAUAAUAAAAGGUGAUGCGUGCUAGUCUCUCCUAAUUUUUUUAUAUUUUUAAUAUGCCUCAAAUCGUAUCACCCAUAGUUUUGAUGUUUGAAUGCUUUGGAAUUUAUUAAACCGCAUUAUAUUCCAAUGCUAUGUUUUGCUUCAUAAUUUAUACAUAUUUUACUAUGUGCCCUUUUUAAUUAAGUGUCAAUACUAAGUAAAGCUUUUAUAUUUUAUCUCUACUUACCUAUUUACAUAUAUCUUUGGAGUAAAACUAAUACCAGUUAGGUAUAUAAUGCUCUGUAAUUACUAUUGUAUCAAUAUGUUACUUUAAUACGUGUCUCGACUAAUUUUUCAAUAAUUUGUUAGCUUCAGUUUAUUUAAAAACAUAUACGCGAAUAACUGUGAUUGAUCAUCUUAAAUUCGUAAAAAUAUUCCUAAACAAAUUUCGUACAAAAAUCAUGUUUUUUAAAUUAAUUUUUCGUAAAGAUUAUGAAUUUUAUAUGUAUGAAUUUGUAUCUUUAUAUAUUUAUACAUAUAUACAGUAUGCAGUUAUACUACCGAUCAGUUAGGCGAUCAGUUUCUUGAUUAAGAAACGCCCAGGACUGUUAAAUUUACUCGAAUACACUCGCUAAGAUCGAAACGUAUAUUAUUUUAUUUAUUAUCCAUUCGAAACUAAUCUUUUCCAAUUUGUAAAAAGAGAAAGUUUGAAUAAUUCAACAAUAAAAUUUAUUUAUACUUAUA